UAGUGAGUGGCGGUCUUCCUGGAGUUGAAGGUCUUGGCUUACUUAGUUUUCAUUUUUGCCCCUUUUCUUUGAGCAAGUAAAUUAAUUCACAGAUAUUUCAAGUUUGGGGCUGUUAAGAAAGGCUUUGAAAUGCAGCUUUUUGAAAUCACUUUGGAUUAAAAUGCUUUUUUGUUGUUCACUGCUGUUUAGAUUCCUUUUGUUGGGGUGGGGGGGAGAAUGUAGAAUGGUAAACUGUCUGGAAUCCAGCAUUCAGAUUGAUAUGAGAAGAUGAUUCCAGUUAAGAAACGAGGUGGUUGUGUAAUGAAUUCCACUGUGAAACUUUAUUCUUCAGAACAGUCAGUAGCACUGCUGAAACAUACAGCUGGAGUGCUUUUGAAACCCGAGGUUUCUUAAGGGGGAAAAAAACAAAACAAAAAGAACUUUUGUCCCUAGGAGAAUAGUUUGACUAGUUUCCUCAUUUUCCUCUUUCAGAUAUAUAUUUAAGAGAUCUUUUAUUUCAGCAUAACAAUAAUUAUUUGCAGGAGUUUUUGUGUUAGCGACUAAUUUAGAACUUGUAGAUGUGAGCUGCCUGAAUUGGCCAGACAGCUGUAAUCGCACUCCCCCAUUCUUAAUCUCUUUAUCUGGUAGCAGCUGCCAUAUGGCCACUGUCAGCUGCAUCAGAUGUUUAUAAGCUUCCUUCUCUGUCCCUCUGUCCUCUCAGCCUCCUAAUUUGAUCACGGCUACCUUGUGAGCUGCCCUCCAAUCUUUAUUUUUAGCCCUCUCAAGGAUUAGGAUUGAUGUUAGCUGUGGGGCACUUAAAGUGAUUGUAUUGUAGAUCUUGGUGUAUUCUAGCAGUGGCAUCGUGCAGGAUCUAUUUGGGGUCGGGAUGAAAGUUUUAGGCAAAGUGUAGAAGGGGAAGGGAAGUAAUUUCUGAGUAUGAACUUCACACACCUUCCUGGGGGAAUGCCCUUGUGAGGUGGUCUCCAGAGGGGUAGUAGGGCUCUGUCUAUCUUUGUAAGGGCUCUGCCCACGGUCACAUCUUUGUCUUUCCUGGCCAGAAAGCCAGCAGGGCAGAGCAGCUCAGUUGAGACCAUGGAAGCAGUGGGAAAGGGAGAGUAUAGCCCGUUGUGUUGAAACAAAGUAUUUUCUGCUGGUGAGGUUAUGAAGACAGCAUGGAGUUUCCAGACCACAGUAGGCAUCUGCUGCAGUGUCUGAGCGAGCAGCGGCACCAGGGCUUCCUCUGCGACUGCACGGUGCUGGUGGGGGAUGCCCAGUUCCGAGCACACCGCGCCGUGCUCGCCUCGUGCAGCAUGUACUUCCACCUCUUCUACAAGGACCAGCUGGACAAAAGGGACAUUGUUCAUCUGAACAGCGACAUUGUCACAGCCCCCGCUUUCGCGCUCCUGCUUGAAUUCAUGUACGAAGGGAAACUCCAGUUCAAAGACUUGCCCAUCGAAGACGUGCUAGCCGCCGCCAGCUAUCUGCACAUGUACGACAUUGUCAAAGUCUGCAAGAAGAAGCUGAAAGAGAAAGCCACCACUGAGGCGGACAGCACCAAGAAGGAAGAAGACGCCUCGAGUUGCUCGGACAAAGUGGAGAGUCUGUCGGAUGGCAGCAGCCACAUGGCGGGCGACCUGCCCAGCGACGAGGAUGAGGGCGAGGAGGAGAAGCUGCACCUCCUGCCCAGCAAGCGGGACUUGGCGGCCGAGCCCGGGAACAUGUGGAUGCGAUUGCCGUCGGACGCCGCAGGCCUGGCCCAGGCCGGCGCCGAGGCCGAGCCGCACGCCACGGCAGCUGCGAAAACAGUGGCCAGCCCCUGCAGCUCCACAGAGUCUUUGUCCCAGAGGUCUGUCACCUCCGUGAGGGAUUCGGCAGAUGUUGACUGUGUGCUGGACCUGUCUGUCAAGUCCAGCCUCUCGGGAGUUGACAAUCUGAACAGCUCUUAUUUCUCUUCACAGGACGUGCUGAGAAGCAGCCUGGUGCAGGUGAAGGUGGAGAAAGAGGCGUCCUGUGAUGAGGGUGAUGUUGGCACUAAUGACUAUGACAUGGAACAUGGCACUGUGAAAGACAGUGCGGGCGCCAACCACAGGGUACCGUACGAGCCGGCGCACCUGGCCCCGCUGCGGGAGGACUCGGUGCUGCGGGAGCUGGACCGCGAGGACAAGGCCAGCGACGACGAGAUGAUGACCCCCGAGAGCGAGCGCGCCCCCGGGGAGGGCGGCGUGGAGGGCGGCCUGCUGCCCUACGUCUCCAACAUCCUCAGCCCUGCGGGCCAGAUCUUCAUGUGCCCGCUGUGCAACAAGGUCUUCCCCAGCCCGCACAUCCUGCAGAUCCACCUGAGCACACACUUCCGGGAGCAGGACGGGCUCCGCAGCAAGCCCGCCGCCGAUGUGAACGUGCCCACGUGCUCGCUGUGCGGGAAGACCUUCUCCUGCAUGUACACGCUCAAGCGCCACGAGAGGACGCACUCGGGGGAGAAGCCCUACACCUGCACCCAGUGCGGCAAGAGCUUCCAGUACUCGCACAACCUGAGCCGCCACGCCGUGGUGCACACGCGCGAGAAGCCGCACGCCUGCAAGUGGUGCGAGCGCAGGUUCACGCAGUCCGGGGACCUGUACAGACACAUCCGCAAGUUCCACUGCGAGCUGGUGAGCUCCUUGUCCGUCAAGAGCGAAGCGCUGAGCCUGCCCACCGUCAGAGACUGGACCUUAGAGGACAGCUCCCAAGAACUUUGGAAAUAAUUAUAUAUAUAUAUAUAUAUAUAUAUAAGUUAUAUAUAUAUAUAUAUAUAUAUAUAUAUACAUAUAUAUACAUAGAUUCUAUAUAGUUGUGGUACGGUCUAAAAGCAGUCUUGUUUCCUGGAACUAAGAAGUUGGGAUCUUAACUUGUUUUUGCACUUUAGAAUAAUAGCAUGAGAAUCUCACUAAUUUAGCAUUCUGAUAAAAGAAACUUUAGAGCAAGUUGGAGAAUAGAGGGGUGUCUUUUCCUUUGAGGGGUAGGCAGGGAAGCUACCGAGAACCUUCUAGCAGAUGGCCCUGUCACAAGACGCUCUUAUGGGGCUGAACUUUGUCCACACCGUAUUGUCCAUUUUUUUUGGUGUGUUUGCCCCAUAUUUUUCUGGGUUUUUGUUGUUUUUGUUUUUGUUUUUUAAAGUAGAAAGAAAUCCCCUCCAGUUUUAUUAGCCUCUUCCUAUGUCUCAAAUUGCAUGAAUCUUUUCUGGCUGUUGGAAACCUGAAUGCUUUUAGACCCAAAUGGAAAAUUUCUGAAAUGCUGGAUUAUCUAUUUUUAAACAAGCAGUUGACUUAAAACUUUCUGUGGCAACUUCUGGUUUUCAGACGGUUCCCCGUGCGGGGUAAUCUGCAAGUACACUGGGGUCCCUGGGACACUGUCUUUGUGAAGGUUUGCUUGGGAUGAAAAGGAUAUUGCAGCUUCAGCAGUGUUGAAGUGUGUGUUUAAAAAUGUGAAUUACUGUUCUUGUAUACUGUAAUUGAUUACAUGGGCUGGGGGGGGGUCAAAGAACUUGACAGGUUGUGUUGAUGCUCUUAGUUGAGUCUUGAAAAGUAAAUAUUAACGCUACAGAAAUGCAUGAGUUUCAAUAUAUUUUUUGUCUUUGUUUGCAUUGUAUAACUUUAAUGAGUGAGUUUAAAAUUAUUUAAUUUCCUUAGAAAAAUAGCACCAUUUGGAAAGAAAACUGGUGUUAUGAAGAACGCAAAUGCACUGUUUUUAUUUUUAUUUUAUAUAAUUUAAAUUGACUUCCCACUGUCUUUAAGUUGAAACUGUUAAGCUGAAUAAAAAUUUAAGCUGCAAAUUUGAUAACUUCGCUACUUAACAAGGAACAUAUAAAUGUUUACAAACGGCUUAAAGAUUUGCAUGAGCAGUGUGCGCUUAGAACAAACUCCUGAUUGCACAGGACCUACGCCAGCUCAGAGUUUAGAUGUACACAAUUACCCAGUUGAGCGUUCUUAGAAUACUACUGCACAAAUUGACAAUAGGUCAUUUCUCUCUCUUUCUCUCUCUCUCUUUCUUUUUGUGCUCCUUUUCUUUUUCUCCUCUUCUUCCUUACCCUCCCUACCCUCCCUCCUCCUCCCCUCCUCCCCCCCACCCCAAACUCAUGAAAAGAUUCUAUGGACUGAAAAAAGCCCCAGGCUGAAAGGACUGGACUCCCUUGAUUGACGGGCAGGGGUGAGAGUAUGAGCUGCAGCUCCGGCUGCGGCCCACGUGUGGCUUGAGUGACCUGCACGCUGGGCGAGAGCGUUUUGCACAGUGUUUGUUUUCCUGUCUUGCACUUACAAAUAUGGUCUAUGGAGUAGCAUGGAAAACAUUUGCUGUUUUUCCCCUUUUUUUUAAUUGCUUUUGUUUAAAAUUUGAUCGCCUUAACUACUGUAAACAUAGCCUAUUUUUGUGCUUAAGAUACUGAAUGGAAAACUCCAUUGUGUGUUGCUGGACUGUUUUGGAAAUAUUUGGUCAAAUGUGUGUUAAUUUGGCUGUGAUGGCAUUUAAAGCAAACAACAACAACAAAGCUGUGAAAAUGGCCUUGGAGCAUUAUCUUUAGUUACUUGAAGAGUUUCUAGUUUUUUUUAAUACAGUUUAUGUUAAAAUAAUUUUUAUUAAUUUAGAAAAGACAAUCAAUGUCUGUGAGAAAGCGGACUUUCUUUGGGAUUUUCUUUUGUGGUCAUGGUGAGCAAUUGCUUUUUCCUGUACUUAGGUUCACAUUCUUUCUCUGUUCUAAAACUUAGACUGACAUCUAGCCUUGACAAUCAUAGUAUGUUUUAUUUUCCUGAGGGGGGAAUAACUUAUAAUGCUGUUUAGUUUUGUACUAUUGGUGUGUUGGUGAAUUUUUAAACUGUGUGCUAACUGCAAUAAAUUAUAUGAACCGA